GAGGCUGUCAUUUCAAAUGGCACCAUUGCUUUUGAAAAUUGGCUUGUGCCAGGAAGUUCAGUUUACAGGCAAUUUUGGGUUUUCCAUGUGCAAAAUCCUUCAGAGGUAUUAGACCAAGGAGCACCUCCAAAACUUGAACAAAGAGGACCUUACACAUACAGGGUGCGAUAUUUACCCAAAGAAAACAUCACAGAACACUCUGAUGGCACAAUAUCCUACAUGUUGCCUAAUGUUGCUCAUUUUGAACCCGAUAUGUCUGUUGGGACAGAAAAUGAUACCGUCACCUGCCUCAACCUUGCCGUUGUUGCUGCACCUGCCUUGUAUACAAGCACUUUUAUGCACCUACUAUUAAACACUUGGAUUAAAGCUUCUAAGUCAUCCAUGCUGCAGAACAGAACAGUGAAAGAACUACUGUGGGGAUACAAAGAUCCCUUCUUAAGCAAGAUCCCCUUCCCUGUAAACCAAGUUCUGGGAGUCUUCUACCCGUAUAAUGGGACGUCUGAUGGACUUUAUAAAGUCUAUACUGGGAAAGAAGAUAUUAAAAAAACAGCAAUAAUUGAAAGCUAUAAAAACAAAAGGAAUCUUUCAUAUUGGGAAGGUUACUGCGAUUUGGUUAAUGGCACAG